UUUUUAAAAAAAAUUGGUAUAUAAUUUCUGGUUGUGCGUGUCUUUUGGUGAAGGUAUGCUUGUCACCUACUCCUCUUAAGUUCUCAAUCUCUCUCUAAUGCUACUUGUAUUCUCCAAAAAGUAGAGAGAGGGCCUCAAAGCUCCGUUCUUAGCUCUGCUCUGCUGUGUACUGUGCCAAUGGAGAGGCACAGAUGCAAGCUCUGCUCUAGGGCUUUUGCUAAUGGCAGAGCACUGGGUGGUCAUAUGAAGGCUCACUUGGCAACUUUUCCUCUUCCCCCUAAAACUUACCAAAUCACUGAGUCCGACUCGUCUUCAUCUUCCUCCUCCGGCGAGGAACCAGAAAAAGAACAACAUUUGCAAGAAGAACAAGGAGAGGAAAAGGGUUUGACUUAUGGGCUGAGAGAGAACCCAAAGAGGAGUUUCCGGCUUGCGGAUCCUGAGUUUUCUUUUGUUGAUGCUGGGUCGGUGAUUCAAGACAGAGAGAGUGAGACCGAGUCAAGAAACCCAACUCGGAGACGAUCCAAGCGGAAUCGAAGAUCAUUCGUUGUUAUUACAGAUAAUCUGCAGAGCCAGAAAUUGGAGUUGAAGAAAAAACCCAAGUUGACAAUUUCAACACCGCCGCGUUUGGCCGAGUCUCCUACUCUAGCGGCAGAGCUUGAGCCGGUGAGCUCGGUCUCCGAUACUUCUCCGGAAGAAGAUGUUGCUAUGUGCCUUAUGAUGCUGUCAAGAGAUGUGUGGAUGAUAAGAUUACAUGAUCAUCAGCAAGCAGAUCAAUCGGUUCAAGUUCAAGAACAUAGUAGGCAAGUAGUGGAGGAGCUGGAGGGGGUCAAAUCGAAGAAACUUCGAGGGAAGAAUCGGUGUGAGAAAUGCAACAAACUGUUUCGAUCUUUUCAAGCAAUGUGCGGCCACAAAAAGAUUUGCUUUCGGAACGAGGAGGAAGCAAUCAACAAUGCAGGUGGUGAGAAGCUGUUUGAGUGCCCCUUUUGCUACAAAAUAUUUGGUUCCGGUCAAGCUCUUGGCGGUCACAAAAGAUCUCACCUUUCGGGUUCUUCAAGAUCAAUGGUUGUAUCAAUGGCUGCAAAAACUGAAGCUAAAGAGGGUUUCAUAGAUCUCAACCUGCCUGCUCCGGAAGAAGAUGAUGAAUUUAGCGUGCUAUCGGAUGCAUAAAAAUGUAAAAAGUAACAGACUUCUCCAUCAAAACUCGGAUCCAAAGGUAAAAGAAAUUCGAUUAUCCGAGCAACAUUUAGAUCAAAUGGGUGAAGAUUGAAACACUUUUUCGAUAGUUUUCACUCAUAUAUCAAUCGAUUCGCUCUUUCUUUUCCGUAUUGGGACCAUUAUUCAUUUUUGUUUAUGCAGUUUCAAGUUUCAACAACUGUUUGGUCGAGUUCCAACUGCAGUAACAACUUGUUAUAUGUAUUGCUGUUGACUAGAAUACAGAAAGUUGAAUUGUUCA